AUGUUUUCUCGGGCGGGCGUCGUGGGGGUCUCGGCCUGGGCUGUGCAGCCGCAAUGGAUCCAAGUUCGAAAUAUGGCAACUUUGAAAGACAUUACCAGGCGACUGAAGUCAAUCAAAAACAUCCAGAAAAUUACCAAGUCUAUGAAAAUGGUAGCAGCAGCAAAAUAUGCCCGAGCUGAGAGGGAGCUGAAACCAGCUCGAGUAUAUGGAACAGGAUCUUUGGCUCUGUAUGAGAAGGCUGAUAUUAAGGUGCCCGAGGACAUGAAGAAACACCUCCUUAUCGGCGUGUCCUCAGAUAGAGGGCUUUGUGGUGCUAUCCAUUCCUCGGUUGCUAAACAGAUGAAAAAUGAGGUGGCUACGCUCACAGCAGCUGGGAAAGAAGUUAAGAUUGUUGGAAUUGGUGAUAAACUUAGGGCUAUACUUCAUAGGACUCAUUCUGACCAGUUUCUGGUGUCGUUCAAAGAAGUGGGAAGAAAACCCCCUACUUUUGGAGAUGCAUCAGUCAUUGCCUUGGAACUACUAAAUUCUGGAUAUGAAUUUGAUGAAGGAUCUAUCAUCUUUAAUCGAUUCAGGUCUGUCAUCUCCUACAAGACAGAUGAAAAACCCAUCUUUUCUCUUAAUACCAUUGCAAGUGCUGAGAGCAUGAGUAUCUAUGAUGACAUUGAUGCUGACGUGCUGCAGAAUUAUCAGGAAUACACUCUGGCCAACAUCAUCUACUAUUCUCUGAAGGAGUCCACCACGAGUGAGCAAAGUGCCAGGAUGACAGCCAUGGACAAUGCAAGCAAAAAUGCUUCUGAAAUGAUUGACAAAUUGACUUUGACCUUCAAUCGCACCCGCCAAGCUGUCAUCACAAAGGAGUUGAUUGAAAUCAUCUCUGGUGCUGCAGCUCUGUAA